AUGUCCCGGGUACUUGAUGUACCUCAAAGUACAAGGGAGGGGCACUAUCCGAAGAAGACGAUAAAACACAAUAGAAAAGGAGCGGGUGUUAUCAUUUACAUCAUUAGCAUGGUAGGUAGUGGGCUAUUUUAUCACGUUAUAAUAUAGAGCUUGUGGGGGGUCUGGGGUGUGCAUAUUCUGGCAUAUUAUGAAUCAUAGAGUCUAUGUUAUGAAUGGAAUGACACUAAGGAGUGCUUUAUGGUUAAUGAAAUGGACUUGUUUUGAUAAAAAUCUAAUCUUGAAGCCAGGUUGAUUUUUUAAAAAAUCACCACACUGUAAUAAUAAUAAUAAAACUGUCUUACUCAGUGAUUGCAACCUCAUGCUAAAACUGAAGGUAGACAUUACAAGGAGUGUUACCUACAUCUUGACAUCAUAGACUGUAUAUGCAGUCUAUACUUUAUAUCAAGACAUGAUCUAUGAUGAUUAGUCACAGUACCUCACCGACACAUAUGCUUUUAUAUUUGCAAUUGAUAAUUCCUUUCCACAGGUAAUAGAUAUAACAAAAGCACUACCCCAAUAAAUGACCUUGUAGAAAACACUCUACACACAUUUACAUCCAUGGAUUUCAUAUUCCACCUCUAACACCUCUAAAACACAGUACAACAACAUCUAUCUGCAACAUUGUUUUUGAAGCUUACUGUAACAAAAUGCAUUGUAUGAUUUGUUUACAGAUGAUUUAGUGUUCACCCAUCUCUUCUAUAAUAAUUAUUGUUUAUCACUCAGAAUAUUCUUUUUAACAAUGAGAAGUACAGUUACAUUGUUGUUAAUUUAGUACAGUCUGAUGAAGACUCGGCUCAAGUGCUUUUCCAAUAGUAUCAUUAGAAAUCAUUUAGCUAUUGCUGUUUCAUCCCAAUAGCUCAAGAACUUAAAUUCUUUCUUUGACUUUUGGUCUCCUUGUACCUCUUUCUUUGAACAAACAACCGACCGCACUAAAAAGAGUCUACAUCGUGGAAAAAUCACCUGCAGUAAUGAUACUGAUCCAUUUCUAGUGUCAUUCCAAACAGUGAUAGCAGUAUGUCAGCAUGCACAAACAGGUAGAAAAAUGUUCCAUCAGUAAUUAUUUGCAACUAUUUUUCCAUCCUCGGUCUUAUCUCCCUCCCACCUUAAGUCAUAACAGUACGUGCCAGUACCUUAAAAUGUACCCUAACCAGCUUUACAGACCUCACUUUACACUUUUGCUUCCUUGCACCUCUGAGGAUGGAACAGCAUACACUUGUAUUAUGUGUCUAUAUAAAGCUGUUGAGUCAUGUGACCUUUUUAAACUCACAGCCUUCACAUACCCAGCUUCAGCCCCUGUUGACGGGUAUAAUAAUCCCAAGAUAACUGGUGAAACCUGUUUAACAAGGCAUCACCAUUUACUGUUUUCAUAUACAUUCUCACCUACAGACCUUUAUUGAGAUGUUGUGGUUUGUUGCAGGUUAGUACUUGAUGAUAUGAAUAAAGACUGCAUAGCAACAGGGCCAGUUUUUUUUUCACACCGGCUUUUUUAAUGCUGUCAUUGACUGUCAAAUCUCUUGUAACAUAAGUAAACAUAAACACUGUUGCAGAUCAGGGUUCAAUCUUGAGGCAAAUGCAAUGGUAUGAAGAAUCAGUUUUUUUUCUAAUGAAAUACAGUGAUUUUUUUUUUCAGUCAUGUUGCAGAAAAUGACUUCAACACAGCAGCAAAGCUUUUUUCUGGACAUAGAGAUCUGUAUGAUGUCAGUGAGAUUUGCAGAUAAAACUACAUCUUUGGUAAAAACUAAACUUUUCACUGACACAUAUGAAUAUAAUGAUCCAAUUUAGUCUAUGUAUAAAGGGGGGUAAUUGUGUUGUGGGAUUUAUUCCAACAUGACACAUGUGGCAUAAUUAAGGAUGUCUAAAUAACCCAAGAGGCCAAAGCUACAGUGUCCCACUAAAGUACAAUUUUAACGGCCUCUCAUAGUAAGAGCAGUUUCAUCAUUCAAAACCACUGUCCUUGCAGAAACGCUCAGAUUUUGGUAAUGAUAUUACAGACUGAUUUCCUCUACACAAUCACUGCAAAACAAUACAAUAGCACAUGUUCCAUUUCUACCUUAGUACCGUAUGACAGGCGCUCCAUAUACCGAAACACCUUUGAUAUAUGUAUAUAAUGCAGCUCAUGCUAUUUCUGGACUACAAAAUCAGUGUGUCAUUAUUGAGCUUGUAUGUUUUGCCUCGCUGGUUCAAAAUUAGAGGACAGGGUGCCAAAAGGGUCCUGAUUUAAAUAGGAGGUGCAUUUAGGGAAUGUAAUAAUAAUAAUAAUAAUAAUAAUAAUAAUAAUUAUUAUUAUUAUUAUUACUAUUACUAUUAUUAUUUUAUUUUUUUAUUUUAUUUAUAAUCCUGUCACAUGUCAUGAUACAUCUUACUGAAUUUAUUUAAGCAUUCUGGUGAAGUUUACUACUGUUGCGUCCUAAAAGGGUAUCAGAGUCGGAAUUAGACUGGACAGAGCUCAAACAAUCAUUUUGAUUUUUUCCCUUAUUGAGAACAUUACUUACAUUACUUACUUACUUACAGUCAAUAAUUAAAAACCAUAUCAAUUCAAGUUAGACAAGUACAGUGAAGUCACUUGUAGAAGAACGGUAUAUCCACCAGAGGGCGCACGAUGACAAAUUGUUUCAAUAUCAAAUAUGUUCAUCCUCUUACUUUCUUUGCAGCGUAAACAUUGGUGAGUUAAACUUCGUUGGCUGUUCACUAGAUACAUACCGAUGCGAUGGGUACCAUGAAUUUAUAAACUACUAUAUACAUACUGCUGGCGUCAUCAUUUUAAUUUGUAGCUAUUAUCCAAACAAAUAACUAUGAAUUCCCUAGGACAAUAGCUGGCUGAAACGCAACUUCUACUCCAAAUAUAACAAUGAUGAAGUGGUGCAACCCCAAUUUUUCAGAUGUAGGUACCUUAAAAUAUCAAAACGACGCAGAAAUACCGAAUACAAUGUGGCUUACCGUAUUUGAAGCUAGUUCCUGCACAACACGGAGUCCACGCUCAAACUUUCGGUUACUAAGCCGCGCCCCCAAUUGAUGUUCGUGCGCGUGCGUUGGACUGUCACUGGUGUGCCGCGUGCCAGACAGCUGCAGCAGCCAGCUCGCGGCAUGUGGACCUGUGCUCGAGGGGUAUUGACUCCGUUUGACCAGCAUCGAUUUCGACGAGGCUAGUCGAUAUUUGGGGACAAGCGUUAAGCUCGGUGACAGCGUUUUUCACUCUGAACAGCGAGGGGGAGGAUGAGAAUAGAGGAUUUUGUCUCUACUUGUAGGUAACAGAAAAAGAAGAAGACGGGAAAUCAGCCCAAAAGGUGAGCAGCGACGACGGUUCACUACUUCUGAGUGUUAGCGUCUCCUCUACACUGUUUACUCUCCACUGUUAUGUACAAUUGAACCCGUUCACUGUGGGUGGUCAUAAAAUACUUUCCUCUAGGAUCCUCUGAUAUGGUCUCUUUGUGUUUUUACAACUUGUUUAACCCACUACGGAACAAUAACGGAAGCAAUUCAUACUAAUUACUAAAUUGCUACACACACGCAGGCUAACAUGAACGUGUGAACGAUAGCAAUAAAGACUAAUACUGUUUAUCGUCUUCUGUGAAAAGCUACUUCUUACUGUAAAAGGACGUUACAUAGUUUACAAAACCCUCUGUGGUGAAAACAUUUAACCAAGCGUUUACAUGGGAAUUGCUCGUUUUGCAUCACUCCUUACGGGCUUUCCAGCUGUGAAAUAGAAAGUAAACCCUGGAUAGGUUGGUCUGAAAUGUCCCUGUGAUGUUAUAGCUGUCCUUAAUUCUCUGGACACUCACUUUAAUACACACUGUUGGCUUCCUGUUUGGCUGUGUCUGCCUACUGACACAGUUUUUCUUCUGUUCACACUUGACAUCCAGUUCCUCAUUUUUCUUAAUGUACACAUACCAGGGUGUCAAUCUAGAUAUUUAGUUAACAAUUGGGGAAAUCAGGGCUGAUUCAGAUUUCAAUGUUGAACAAUUCACUUGAUUUAUUAUUUUCAAUGUUUUAUUUGUAAAUCUAUCGAGUCCAGGGACCCAAAUUAACCUGCAAUAUGAUACAGUCAUGCAGGCCAUCAUUACUCUACUUUUGGGUGUUCACAAAUUGAAUCAUAUUAAGUCAUAAUAUCUUUCUACAAUUUAUGAAUGCAAAAUGAUUCACCCAGAGCUGAUAUUUGUCAGCAGUCGAGAUGUCAGCUGAUACAGAUACUUAAAUGGUUUGUUGGUUUAUCUCCAUUAUCUGUUCAAGUACAUAAGGAAACAUUGUCUCUGUUUUUGGAGAAAGAAGGACUUUACCCUAUAUAGCCUAAAACAGACUCCACAGAUGCCCCAGCUUUGCCAGAAGUAGGCCAGUCAGUGGUCUGUAUGUCAUGUCAUGCCAUGCAUGGUCCCCUCUGGAAGGUUAACUGGGCGUCUCACUGGUUCAUACAGUGCGUGGAGUGGGGGAGGUUACAGAGUCUGACUGUAAGAUCUACUGCAGGAUUUAGCUCUCAUCCUUUGCCAGAUGUCUGGUGGUCAUUGUCUUACUAUUAUCCCCCUCCAUGUGGUUUUGUUUUUAAUGUUAUGCAGCAGAUGUGCAUGUUUCUGAUGGAAAUUGUGCUUUGUCUAAGCUAUUUCCCUUCAUUUUAAAUUUGCUAUGUCAUUAAUAUGAAAUAAAGGGGAUGUUACAGGAAACAUUGUGUUUGUGUUCAGCUUGUUUGUUAUUGCAGAGUAGUGUAGAUUUUAGAGAUAAAAAUAAUACAGUUGGUCCACUGAGUUUUGGUCAUGGUGGUCAGUUCAGUUUUGCUAGGUUCUGAUUGCUUGAAGCUUCGGUGUCUUUCUUGAUGUCAUUGUUCUUUGGCAGCUAAGGGGAAUUUAACAGGAACAGCAAGGGGUAAAUGGAAAAGAGCAUCUCCAUUUAUCUUAAAAUGGAAUGAUACAAAAUGUUAAUGUGACUGCAGCUUCAUGUCAUGGAUAUAUUUAUGUAAAAACAUAACAUUAGCUUUUAACAUGACCUUGUCCUGACCAUAGGCUGUGUAAUAGUGCUGACCAGUCUAGCAUGGGGAUCCAGCCAGGUAUAAAGACCAGGGGUGUCAGACUCAGGGGGAAAAGGAGUAUUCAAGUACAGGGCCCUCAUGUUGGUGGGGCUCUUGAAGAUGUAAUGAUGUAGGUAAGGGCCCUGAGAGAUUACCUUGGUACAUGGCCACAUUUUUGUGCAGUGCCCCUGUAUAACAGAGCCAGCUUCAUGAGACUGAAAACUGACUUUCAAAUCCGCAGAUUUGAUCACCUCGAUUCUUGCUUUGUAGUGCAUCUCUCAGCCUUUAAUUUAGAGGUUUGUGUUUGCACUUUCCUAGCAUCCAGGCUGAAUGCUAACAGUGCUGCUGCCACUCACUGGAUGUGACUGCGGGGGUUCCACCUAACAUAAUGUCACAUAUAUUUAGUCUGUUGUGACUGGAUAUUUACUUGAAAGGAGAAGUUUUCUCAAUCCAGUGAAUAGACUCACAUGCACACACACAAACAGAAGCGAUACAGAGAGACGUAUAGUGCAUGGAAGCAGCAAAAAAAAAAGAAAAGGGAAAUGUAAUUCUCAAGCUCAUAUUGAGAAGUUCAGAAUUGGAUUAAGCAUUGCGUCAUCCCUAGUACUUAUUUACGUACAGUACCUAAUGGUUCUCAAGUCCAGUCCUCGAGGCCCACUCUCCUGCAUGUUUUGGAUGUUUCCCUGCUCCAACACACCUGAUUCAAAUGAUCAGCUCGUUAUUAAGCCAUUACAGAGCUUGAUAAUGAGCUGAUCAUUUGAAUCAGGUGUGUUGGAGCAGAGAAACAUGGAAAACACGCAGGACAGUGGGCCUCGAGGACUGGACUUGAGAACCACUGCACUAAGGCAUUCUUUUGCUUGGGUACAUGAAUACAUUGAAACUUGAGUUGUCUUAUGAUUAUUAUUAUUAAUGUUUUUAUUGUUGCUAUGUUCAAUUUCUGGUGUGAUUGUGUCACAUCGUGUGACACACUGCAUGUGCUAGGGGGGAGGAAGUCCCAGAACGGAAAGGCGACAGUACUGAUGUAGUGGGUGCAAUGAGAACCUUUUGGGUGCUUAACAAGUCUUCCCAUAGUAUUUAUUUUUUCAUUUGGGACCUUAUCUGUUUUGCUCUGUUCUGCUGGUCAGUAUUUUGACUCGUGAUUUCUGCUUCUACUUUGAGAAUCUCAAAAAAGUGCCAAUAGUCUUGAUAAAUUAACCAAUCAUGUGUUUCUGAGAUGACCAUUUGUGGAAUUUAGUUACAAAACUGGUCUUCUGGCUACAUGUAUCCACCACUUUGAAAGCAUGUUUGGCCUGUGCAUUAAUAUCAACAUUCCUCUUGCUUAUUAUUGGUAAAUGAAGGGAUUUAACCCAGUGGCACAGUUUGACUUUAGAAAUAAUCGAGAACUGAAGUUUCAUUUGUUAAAAACGUUCAGGCACUUCACUGUGCUCUUGAACUCUGAACUGCCUGCCCUCUCUGAUGCCAACAGGAUGUGAGCCUCGUGCAAGGCAAAGCAUGUGAGCCCAUAUUUUGUUUUUAUGCCCGUGAAUGGGCCUCAGUCAGCACCAUCAGCCUUUUUUCUAUCCUCAGAGGUGGUGAGUAAGUCUUUUUCAUUUUUCUAGUGUCAGUCACCACUAAUCCAUUCAUGUCAUGCAGCCGCAGUGUAGUUGUAAAGUUGAGGUAUAGUUUGGCUGACAAAACACUACUGAUUACUAUAUUGUCAUAUUCAGUUUCCAAUUUUAGCAUCCAUCCAUGGUUCCUCUAAGAUCUUUCUUGAAUUAGCAGCUGCCUUCUUUGUUUUCUGUUGAGAUAAUAUUAUUUCAGCGGAGAGGCAUCAAUAGCUUUUUUGUCUGAAUGAAUGGUGUCUUUAUGAUAGCUGUCAAAGGCCGACAAAGCUCCAGUGUCACAAAAUGCUACAGAUAGUAAAGGCUUUUGCAUACGGUGGAAGAAACAGAGAGGCUUUGGUCAUAUAGUGUGACUCAUAAAAAUGAGCCUUUGCAGAGUUUCAGCGUUGUCUGUUUGGAUGGUCAUUUUGGUCAGGGAGGGUUAUGAGGUCAUGGAGCCCAUGUCAGCACACUCACAGUAAGGAAGUAAGCAGGACUCAAGUAACACUCAAGUUCACACAUUACGUGCUAUUUUGAGUGUUCAGUUCAGAAAACCUGCGUGCGUGGCUCUUUUCUUUUUUUCUUUCUUUUUGUGUCUUGAAGACACUACAGACAAACUCUGUACAUUUUAACAAUACUUCAGGGGAAUGAAUGAGAGAAUGUAAUGAACUGAUGCCGCAGAUACAAACAAAACAAAACACCAAAGGAAAAAUUACACGGAAAUAAAUGGAAUGGGGUUACAGUGUGCUUACGUACAAACAUACAGUAAAAUAAUGAAGGGAUGGUAAUAAGGGGAGUCAAAUAAGAUCAAAAAACGUAUCCCUUUGGACCAGUUCCUCCCACCCUAAAGGUCCUUAAACACCGGGGCCGAUAUCCGGAGGCGAAUUUUGACGCGCCUGACUACACACAUCAAGCCCGAUGUGAUUUUUCAACUUUCUCGGGGAAAAAGAUGCAUUCCGUGGAAGACUUUUGCCGGGGAAAGUCCCUGCUCCUUCGCCUCUGAUUCGCUAGAAAGCUGGAAACAUCAUUACACGCUCAAGCCAAAUGGUCAGCACUUAUAGCCAAUCAGAGGCGAUAAGAUAAGCACAUGAAACUAUGGUAACAACUGUUAGCAUACGUUAGCAAAGAUAAAAGUUAAAAUAAAGACAUUUAGCAAACUGUUAGAGCACACAAACUAUCGUCAUAUGAGAAAUCCGACGCUAUGACUCUCCACAAGUUGUCCUUCAGGUCGUUAUCUUUGUGAUGUUUGUGUCUUUUAUCAAACAGCACUCUGUUCUCCGACACGUAAACAAUCAGCCGGUUGGCCAUGUUGGAUAUACCGGUGAAUCUGACAUCGCAACAACAUGCAAUCUGAUUGGUCAGAAGUUGACACAGAGUAUGCGAAACUUUAAAUGCAAUAUCGCAGGACGGGAAAACGUUGCUAAUGUUAAUGCUUGUAUUGACAGGACACAGGUUCGAAAAAAAGUAUUGACGUCAGAAUUAAUCGCACGACAAAAACGGUCCCGGAGACCUUAAGAUUAGGACCUAAUUAAAAGGUAAAGGAGAAAAAGAUUAAAGCUAAUAAAUAGAUCCACACAAAUUCAGCACUGUAUAUCAACAUGAAAUAACACCAGUUCAUAUCAAGUAGUACCAUUUAUCAACCCAUCAGGGACUGUGAACCACUAGUCUUAUGAUUCCUGAAAUCUGACCAACAUUUAUUGAAAAGGAUUUUUCCCUCUGAGAUUGAGCGUUAUAUAUUUUUUUUAAUUCUUUACCUUAAAGUCAUAUGGAAAGAGUAAAAGGAUCUGAACUCUCAUUAUAAAGCAGAGCAUCUAUUUCCCAGUAAUCACUGUUGGAUUGAUAAACCUGACCUUGUUACUCUUGGCAGCAGGGAUGUCAGAUGUGUAAUGCCAGUCGAGGAGAAAUGGGAAUCUCAAACCUGGUAAUUUCCUGGAGUGUUUCCAAAAUUGAACCCCAGUUAUGUUUUAUUGAUUCCAGUUCCAGGACAGUAUACAUGGUGUAUCCUUUCCCUGUUUUACAUCUAGGGCAAAGGUCUGAAAUUGAUUUGUUCAUCCUGUAGUCUUUCUGAUGUAGAGUAUCUUCUGGGGAUAAUGUAAAAGCGUUUGGGGAUAAUGGUAUAAUAGAGGGUCAGUGCCCUCUCACAUGAGUUCCCUGGAUACUUUCUUCCGAAGGACAGUUGAGGUUCUGUUUUCAGUUUUUCACUUUGGUAUUUGUGGAAUCCAAAAUUAUACUGUAUGUCAAAGACAGAAUACCCUUUGUUUAGUUCAGUGGUUCUCAAGUCCAGUCCUCGAGGCCCACUGUCCUGCAUGUUUUGGAUGUUUCCCUGCUCCAACACACCUGAUUCAAAUUAUCAGCUUGUUAUCAAGCUCUGUAAUAGUUUAAUAACGAACUGAUCAUUUGAAUCAGGUGUGUUGGAGCAGGGAAACAUCCAAAACAUGCAGGACAGUGGGCCUCGAGGACUAGACUUGAGAACCACUGGUUUAGUUUAUUUGAACACAUGACAUAAUAAUAGUCACACUGCCACUGUAAUAAAUUGGAUUGUAUAGAGAUUGUAUACAGAAUGUACAGUAUCAUACUCAUUCAAUAACACACCCUUGUCUGUGUUGUUUUUGUGAUUAAUGGGAAUGACACUGUAAACUUUGAUAAUGAAUAAAAAUAGAUGAAAAUUUGAAGUGUCAGACCCAAGUGCCAAACAGCAUAAUAAUCAUACUGCGCAAUCACGCGUUGGCUCCCCCGUUUGGGCUGAAAAGCUAGAUUGAAUCUCUGCCAGAACCAGUGUGAAAUUUCCAUGAGCUGAUUCUGUCUAUAAAUUAGCCAAAUCUACCCCCCACACUCACUAAUUAGUGAAAUCGAGGUCGCUCUACUGUUGAGAGUGAAGAUUGUCACACAGGUUGAAAACGGCAUUAACUUUAAGGAGAUAAGUAAUAGCUCCAUGGGUUAACAGCUCAAAUAGCUGUUUGUCAUCUGGCAUGUAAAGCUGAAGUGGGCCAGCUUGGAAAUUCCCCUCCGUGAUUGUCUCUACUUCAUAUCUUUUUUCGAUGCAACUCCUGGUUUGUUUUUACUUCACAUACUUUAAGCUCCCUAUGCUGUACCAUCAUGGUGAGAUUAAAAUUUUCUUCCGCAUAAGACUGCUCCACUUCCACGUUCCAUAAUCCUCUGUUUCUGCACUUGUAAUCAAAAUUUGAACAUGAAAACUAUGAGAACUAAAUCACCAGCUGAGAGCGUCUCAUUGAACUGAACCGCUGAGCUGUUGACAGGAGCCUUUGGUUCUUAUCUGAGAACACAACCUCUAACAUGUUAAACUAAACACGUUAUUUACUCAGUUUGUACGUUUGAAGACAAGUGCAGUGGUGUGCGGUGCCAUUGAUUAUUUGUUUUAAAUCAGAUCUCAUGGUGCAUGAGCUUAUGGAUGCUCUGAAGUCACAGAGAAAGAAAUUCUUGAAGAUUAUUUGAUAAAAAAAAAAAGUGAGAUUAAAAUAACAUGACAAUCAGCAGGGGUUUCACAACUUCCCCAAACACUGUGUAUUUCUGUCGCGCUAUUAUAACCGUGCAUUGACCAAACUUGUGCUCAAGGUCGAGUUCAUUUAACUUCACUGCUGCUGUUUUGACUCACUUCUUGCGAGGAAGAGCAUCGCUUUAUGAGAAUGUGGCUUUCUCAGCGGGGUCCUGUGGGUUUUUGUGUUUAUGAAUACUUUUCCCUUGACAUUCCUGUACUCCUCAUACCACCCCUUUGAGAAAGUGCUGCCACUCUGGGAAACAAGGCCUUGCUGGCUGGCUGGCCAGCAGCUUCAACUACUGAAACUUUGUGUGGUCAUUGUUAUAUUUAGACCCACCCACCCCCACCCCCUCCCCCAAGUUAGGAGGCAGAGAAAAGACCGGCAAGGGUUCUCAGGCUGGGUCAAACACAGGGUGAGGUGUUUGAGUACCCCUUUCCUCAGACUCCAGUUUGUUAUUUCCUUCGUUGAGAUGGGGAAAGGUCAUGUAGAUGUAGGUCCAGAUUGUGAGUUGCCAGUGAAUCCUGAGUUUUAAUUGUUAAGCUUUUGAAAAAUGAUGGGAUCAAAUGAAAGUUAGUUUAGAGUGGGGCAGGACAGACAAGGCCCUUGGGACAACAAGCUAUUCUGAGCUGUGUGCUUUUCCAAGAGCCCAGAGUCCCUUUGCCCUGAAUUUUUCACCCUUGGGUCACAAAGUGACUGUUGCGCUUGUUUGUUUUUUUGUUCUUUUAUGCCAUCACAAAUGCCAUCGCUGUACAAAAGGAAUUAGAGGGAAACAGAAGAAAAAGACCCUAGGACAGAGGACUAACAUUGGAAUUGUUUGGUCCCCUCUUGAUUCUUGAGAUGAUUUCUCAGUUUGAGUGGCCUUUGUGGUCAUUUCUGCUCAGUCAAAGCUGUAUUAAAAGUUAGCACAUGGUUUGUCCCAUGUUGCUGUGAGUCAGUGGCAAUUAUGUAAACAUCCCAAAGGGAACCUCUUUGGUAGUACAAGACAAUUGGCCAUUGUCCACUCACCAUCACACCUGCAAAACACAUGUUGGGCAGCAUGGGACUCUGACAUUUUCAUCCUAGCUAUUGUUUGUCGGUUGACAGUAAUUGAUUGUCUGGGUUUAUUUACACCUAUAUGUCGUCGCUGUGAGUGGCCAUUAUAAGAAGCUAAAAGAUGACAAAGAAGAUAAAACUCGUCAGCUUAAAAGAGAACCUUCAGUCCUUAAGUAAGAGCAGCUUUCUUGUGUCGCUGAACUUCCAUCUGGACUCUAAACUGUGGUUUAAAGAAAAGAGAGUCUGUCUAAUAUCUCAUACCAGCCUGCUUAGGAUUUUUCCAGGUUUCCCUUUUCAUAAACAGACUUUUUUAAAAAACAAAUCAGCAUAGAAGAGAGAGAAAUUUAACCAAAGAUCUGUUAAGGUGGAUUGAUAUUGCAGGAUUUGCUAACCUUGAACAGUUCAAUAUUGACGGUGAAGUGCUCUCCAUGUCAAGGAUUUUUCUUCCUCAAUAAUAACAACAGAAAUCAGAGUCAUUCACUUCUGUAUUGGUCGGUACACUUAGGGUGUGACACAAGACACUUAGGGCGCGUUCACAUCACCCUCGUUUAGUCCAGUUGAACUGGACCCUGGAGCGUUUACCCCCUUGGUGCGGUUCGUUUGGGUCGGUGUGAACGCUGACCUCGAACUCUGGUGCGUACCAAAUAAACGAACUCUCUGGAGCGGUUCAUUUCUGGUGGGAACGUCAUUCAUACCAAUCACAGGAAACGCACCACACACUCUCAUUAAUUCCUGUCGCCGCCUCGUCUUUAUCCGUCUGUUGUUUGCAGCACGUCUACUCCGGAAUGUAUUAAUUUAUGCCGCAGUUCGCGCUUCCUGGCUUACGAGCCAUUCAUACGCGCGAUCGACUAGCGUCUUUUGAUACGCGCUCCAGGUGAGUAGCAAAAGCAAAAUCAGCCUACGAUGCUCCAUGACAGGCGAAGACAGCAGAGCGGGGUUUGUAUUCCUGUAUAAACUAAUGACCAAUAACCGAACGAUAUUUGCGGUCACGUGACUUUUGGUUGCGUUUUCUGGAGCGAUUGAGAUUGUCCCCUUGUGAACGCAAACCAGACCAGUUAAACAAUCAUAACAAAUGUAUCGUCUUGCCUUGGAUUCGAAUUAGGAAGCGGACCUUUAGGUGUGAACACGACCUUGGGUCGCAAGAUGAGAUGCGACAUGAACCUGGGAACCACUGAUCCCAAAUCUUUGAUAUCUGUGAAUUAAAACAAUAAUACGAAAGGAAAGAGAAUUUCUAAUGGGUUUUAACAGCUAAAUAAUCUGCUGUGAACAGAGACACCACCUCCUCAUACAGCCUUUGCCAUAUCUCUUUUCUCACUGCGUGUGCUAUUUUCUGCUUCUUUUUGGCCCGUGCUCGCUUACAAGCACACACUCACAGUGUGUCUGACAUCAAUUAAAAACUCUGAGCCAUCUGGGACUUGAGACUCGGUGGGGAAAUUAGAGCCAUGUGGUUGCUUGUUUGCCUCGCUCUUUUUUUUAAAUGGAAUGAUUUGCUUGUUCUCCAUAAUCACCAUGAGCCUAUAGCAUUAAACUAGUGAAAAGAUCAUCAUCAUCAUAGGCAGACUCAUAGAUAGGCUUGAUAAGAAAAAAAAAUUAAAAACUGUAGUUGAAAAUAGUGAAUUUAUGGGGUUUUAUUGUAUACAAAGAUGGUCUUUACACAGCAAUUAGAAUCAGACAGCUCAUUACACAGUCACAAAAAUGAGGGAUAUUUGAUGAGGUGAGAUUGAGAGAUAAGGGACUGUGAUCUCUCGUAGUGAGUUUCCAUUUUCAAAUUCUAGUACAGAUACAAAUGUUUAAGGAGCCUCCAUAUCUGAAUCAUAGAAAUAAACAUGUCAUUUCUCACGUCUUUGUUACUGUGUUGAUGGUUGUCUAAGACCCUAGGUUGAAGGUCAGGGGGGAAGGUUAUAAUUCAUACUGAUGAUAAAUGGGAGUACGUCUCUUCUGUGUGGUUAACCAUGUUGAAUGAGUUGACAGCCCCGAGCUCGUCUGAUCUCAGAGCCAGACCGUCCCCUUGGCUGAACACUCAGAGCUGACUAAUCAUUUAGUAGUAAAGACAACGACACAUCUGUUGUCUCCUUUAUUGUCACGCCAUCAGCAGUUUGGAGAGAGGGUUUAUGUGCCAGCUACAGAAAUGGGCUACCAGGGCCUAAUCUUCAACCGAACAACUUCACUAAAAUCUGUUCCGUUGGUAUUAACUUCCACAAACUGUCGCAGCUUCAAUUCAGGGUCUCCGCUUAGUGGUUUCUCUGCCCCCAUCAAAACCCACAGACCGUACAGACACACCUUUUAUCUAACCCAAACUAUGAGUGUAUUGUCGCCUGCUGCCCUCACAGUUUCCAUGUUCUGUCUCAACCGCCGCUAGACUUUUACAACUUUAGUCCUUCUGAAUAAUCCUUUGCUGUAGAUUUGAUAACUGCUCAGAUCAUGAUUGAUUGUAAGACACAUGAGGUGUUUAUUUCCGAUUAAGAAAUGUAGAAGUUCAAGAGAGUUUUUCCUUUUUUUCACCCAACUUAUAAGUUAAAAUUUAGUCUGACAAUUAGAUUUUUGUACCUUUUGAAAAUAAAGGGAUUUGUACUUAAAAAAAAUUCAGAACUUGUAGGUAGUUUCUGGCUGCUACAUCUCUGCUCAAACCUUGAAUUAUCAGCUGGAUAAGAGUCAGAAUGCUCUGCAAGAUGUUUGUGGUGACUGAAGUAUUCUGAGAUCUUAAAUACACAGCUAAGUUUAGAGCUCUAUGUCAUAACAGGAAAUGAUGUCACCUUGGCUCACUGUCACGUAUCUUGCAAGCAACCAAGCCCUUAAAAUGUAGCCAUUCCCUGAAGUGUUUGAGUGCAGUAGUAAAUAUUCAGCGGCUUCAUAUCUGCGUUUCUCACCCUACUCCUCAAUCACUGUCUUAAACUAGCUCCUCACUUUCUCACCUCCUCUGCCUCACUUCACCUACACUCAAAGGGACGUGAUACGAUGACCCGUUUUGUCCACUGCUGACUCACUUGUUUCCUCCAGCUUCCAUCUGUUUGACACCCCCAUCCCACCACAACCAGCCACCCCACCACUCACCUCUGAAAAGGAAAGAUUUUUGAAGUUAAUUAAACCGAGCAGACUGCAAGAAGUAAGGCCUCUGCGCGGUUGGUGAUUCAAAAAGCAAAAUACCACUCUUCUAAACUAACCACUGUGUGGGAUUACUCAGGUUGUCUCCUGCUGACUACAAAAACAAAUUCUGCGUGAUUUGUGGCUGUGUCAGCGAGAGAGCUUUUUCCUCUAUCAGGGAGGACUCAAUCAGUUUUCAUUGAACCUGUUGUUGAAGGAGGGGCAGUCAGUGGUUUCCUUUUCUUCCUGACCUCAACACAAUACUAUCAGUAGACUGGAGACUCAACACCGGAAAUAAGCAGCUAGGACCUAGCCAUGAAGCACAACAGACCUUACACACCAGUUUACCUUCCAGACAGUGAUUGAAAACAGCUCACCGUCCUCUGCCAGCAGCCUUUUAGUCUCACAGCAUCAAACUAACUGCAAGGGUCAAGAGCCUUGAAGCCUUUUGAGUCAGUCAUCCUGUUUCUCACUCUCCUGCUGAGCGUGUAUGAAAUCAGAAUGAAAGCCAGGAAUCAGAAAUAGAGUUGCUUAAUUUGAACAAUGAGCUCUGGUAGUGAUAUAGACCAAACUCUGCUGUUGCCUGUCAUCCAUCUUCAGUCAAACGUAUUAUAUAGGUCACGCUUGGCUGUUUGCUGACUGUUUGGACUUUUUGACUGGUCAUGAAACAGAUUGAAUAUGAACACCCGUAUCUCUACAUGACCUACUAAAGCAAACAAGACGACCAAGAAGAUUAUUUGUGUUUUUCAAAGGCAGACACUGCUGUCGUCUAGUUCAGUAGUUCUCAAGUCCAGUCCUCGAGGCCCACUGUCCUGCAUGUUUUGUAUGUUCCCCUGCUCCAACACACCUGAUUCAAAUGAUGAGCUCGUUAUCAAGCUCUGUAAUGGCUUAAUAAUGAGCUAAUCAUUUGAAUCAGUUGUGUUGGAGCAGGGAAACAUCCAAAACAUGCAGGACAGUGGGCCUCGAGGACUGGACUUGAGAACCACUGAACUAGUUGGUAUGAUCACACAACAUUUUACAGCUCAUUCUAGGGCUGGGCAAUAUGGCCUCAAGCCAAUAUCACAAUAUAUUGAUCAGUUCACCUUGAUAACGAUAAAUGGACGGUAACUACUCCACAAGCUGCUCACCCCCUCCCACAUUAACUUCGUCUACUUCAGCCUCUACAACUUUUGAACCGUCCUCCAUCUCCUUACAUGGCUUUCCUUCUUUGUUAUGGACUGGAUGGGGUGGAGUCAUGUCUCUGAUGUAGGACAGCGUCUUAAAGGGACAUGAGACCAUAGCCUACCUACACACGUCCAAAACCCAAUUUAAAUCUUUUUUUUUUUUUUUUUACACAGAAUAUUUUGACAUGGAAAAAUUGACGUCAGUUAUUGUCAUAAAUUUCUGUAUCGGUAAAUGUUCGGUUUGUCGCCCAGCCCUAGCUCAUACACUCAAAGUGCUUUUUUAAAGACCUUGUUCACACCCAAAAGGAAGCAGGGUUUGAGAUUAGUAGUUUACUAGACAUUGGCAUGUAUAGAGUAAGAUCAAUAAACGAAUAAGACGUAAAUUUAUGAAUAAAUACAUAAUUAUUGUCGUACAAGUACAGCUUGCUCACCACUAAUAAAAAUCAGUGGGAGGAAAGUGUUGCUCACUGUGUUAAACAGCGGUUGCACAACUUUUCUGAUCAGAUCAUUCGUCGGAAAUAGUGUGUGUAUUUCUGUUUUGAGAUUUCAUCUUGACGGUUCAGCUCAGAUCUUUUUGGUUUGAGCUCUGCCACUUAAGACAUCAAAAUGCAGUCCUGAACAAAGCAUGGAUGGUCAACUGCGUCCCCCUUUUUUGAUAGACAAGGUCACAGCAGUGUCAGUGGUCCUGUAACACAGACUGCCUGCUCAGCCCAGCUGUUCAAAAGAAUACGCUGACACCUUGAAAAACCUGAAAUAACUUGAGCUGUGAUGGAUGGGAAAAGGAGAGAAUGUGAAAAAGAAAGCACUGAACAGCAGAGUCAGUUUGUUCAGUGGUCUGGUUUCACUGACCACCUGUUAGACUAGAGACUCAGCUGUUGCUUUGAUGGAGAAGACUGGAGGCACAGGUUUUGAAGAUCACAUUGAUAUGUUGUAGGGACCUGACAAAGCGGCACACAUUAAUACCCACAUAGUUUAUAAACAUAUACUGUACCUGCCUCCUUAUCUAUAGACCAUAUUCUUCUUUCACAAACCUAUCCUUGUCAGCUGAAAGCGUGAGAGUCUGUUUGGAAAAGUUAAAGGGUCUUUGUAUGUGCUGGCAGGUGCUUUCACACCUGUUUGCAAGGCAUGCUAGACAUGCAUGUUGCUGUGACGUGAACUGACUCCACAUGCUGUCAGUCCUCAGCGAAAGUAAUCCCAACUGCUUAGCAUUUUCAGCAGCAGAUCACUUCUGUAGGUUUGUAAGCCACGACUUACAGAACUGAUCUAGAAAAUCACUGAACGGUCCGGUUUUACGGCAGUAAAAAUCUGAUGUUUGUUUUCCUGUAAUGCUUGAGGUGAUUUUUUUUUCUAAAUCUGCUGCACCUCAGUUUCCUUUCAGUCUAUUUUCAUAUUAGUUUUCUCUUCUUAACAGCAUUUGAGGUUGGAGUUCAAAUUUUCUCCCGCGUCACUAAAAAGUAGUGGUCAAACAUGAUAUGCUGGUGCCUACAGCACUUGAAAAGGGUGUGACUGGCUUUGUUUGCUCCUUUUAUGUCCCAUCAUCCACAGUGCAUGCCUGGCAUAACUGGCAUAUUCUUCAUCCAAACGUCAUUCAGAGAUGCUGAUCUGGUGAACGAGUGGUGAGGCUGUUCUCUCACGGGUGAUUGUUGAGCUCUGACAACUGCUUAACAACAGUCAGGCCUGUCUGGGUUGAUCCACUCGGGGAAGGCUUGAGGCAGGCGCAGUGGGGCGAAGGAGGUCACACAGGGCUCUUACUAGGAGGAGGAGGCGGGGGUACAGGAGCAUGGGAUUGCUGUCUUGACCAAUUUCAAUAUGUAUGGUUUUGUAGACCUUGGCUAGACUUUCAUUUUCUGUCAAUUUUAAGUAUUUUAAGUGAGCACCAAUGUCUGCGUGUGUAAAACAAUACAUUUAACCACAGUACAAUACUUAUCACAUAGUGUGUGGACAGUAUUGGUUCAUUUAUGAUGAUGUGGUAGGAUAGGAUAUUAUACUAAAAUCAGCACCUGGACAUACUGGGUUGUGCGGUUAGGGUUAGGCUGGUCAGGGCAGGGCUUUUGUCUUUAAUAUUCCAUUAUGAGCAUGUGUUACACAAUAAAGUUUUUGUUUUUUUUUCUUGUACGCAUUAGCCGUAGAACAAUUAACUGGUUAGUAGAUUUAGUAGGCUAAUUAUAGGCGUUUUGAGCAAGAGUUCUGACAUCAUUUAAAAACAUCACUCUACUAUGAGAUCAAGAUUAUUCAUGUUUAAGCUGUAGACAGCAUAGGGCUGGGCGAUAUGGCUAUAAAUCAAUAUCACAAUGUAUUGAGCAGUUCACUUCAAUAACGAUAAUUGGAUGAUAACUGAUGAUAUCCCCAAGCUGCUCACCCCCUACCACAUUAACUCCGUCUACUUCAGCCACUACAACUUUUGAACUGUCCUCCAUCUCCUCACCUGUCUUUCCCUCUUUGUUACGGACUGGAUGGGGUGGAGUCACGUCUCUAAUAUAGGACAGCGUCUUAAAGGGACAUGAGACUAUAGCCUAUCUACACACAUCCAAAACCAACUUUUAUUUAUUUUUUUGACACCGAGUAUACUGACAUGGGCAAAAUGUCGUUGGUUAUUGUCUUGCAUUUCGGUAUAGGUACAUUUUCGGUUUAUCGCCCAGCCCUAAGACAGCACUAUAAAAAAGAAGCUACAAGACAAGUGAAACAGUAAAAGGUACCUCAGCUCCAAGGAUCAACAAGAGUAGAUGGUUGAAAUAGUUGUUGAUUGACCAACCCUACUGUUUAUAAACUUUUGCAUUAGUCUCAUUAUUUCUAAAAAUAAUAACCAAGCACUUCACAGUCAUCCUAAAACCCUGACUGCUGUUUAACCGCGCCAACCAUUUUGUCAGCUAUACUUUGUCUGGGUGUCCUGGCAGGAAGUCGUUGGUAGCCUUGUGGCAAGUUUUGUCACACUUGGGUGACUUCUUGACAGCUCUUUGCAAAUUCAAAUUUAAAUAUUAAAAUGUUAAGACUUUAUCAGCUCUUGCUGUGGCACACAAACCUUGGCAGAACCCUGCCUUUCAUAUGGGUGACGUGUCAAAUAAGUGCUAAGCUAGUUUGAUGGUGAGAGGUACUGGAAGAAGCUGUAACAUGCUGUGUGGUCUCAAAGUUUGUGAUGAUUGUGGUUUUACCACCUCACAUUAUGUCGUUCUGUGCAGUCUGCAGAUACCUCCAGCUAUUAUGAGUUGACGUAAUGAACAGUGUUCAAACAGGUUUUUUUCCACACCCUGAGCAAGAAGUAUUCACACAUGAUCAUCUGUUGGAUCUCUCUUGAGAAGCGGAGAAGUCUUUCCUUGUUCACAUUGUUGUUGACCUGCAUUGUCAAGUUGAUGGCUCAAACUGUUUAUUUAUAAACACGCAAACUUCACUUUUCUUUAAAAUGUUCUGUCAUAAUCUAUCCUACUUGUUCAACCAAUCAGUACAUUAAUUACAGUUUUAAGUCAUGUAUCGCCUUAAAACAAAACAUUUCACUUUUUGCAAAAUAAACACAAGACACGAUCAUUUCAGAUCUCCUGAUAUUUUUCACAAGAACAAGUAAGUCAUCAGGUUGAUAGUGAUUAUAAUACACAACAUUUUCUGUCUGUUUCUCUUCAGAUUUUGACAUGAAGAAGGAUAUUGACACUCUGAUCGCCGAAGAACGUGCAGAAAUCAUCUCUAAAUAUGACAAGGUAAGCAGGUGCCUCAUGUAUUUGAGCAGAGAAUACCAUCACCUAAAUCUAAUAUAACUUGGGAUGUUUGCAGUGACCCCAAAAAAUGCAGUUCAUGGGUACGUUGUAAAAAAACUGACAUGGAUCCAUUAGAUCAGUGGUUCUCAAGUCCAGUCCUCGAGGCCCACUGUCCUGCAUGUUUUGGAUGUUUCCCUGCUCCAACACACCUGAUUCAAAUGAUUAGCUCGUUAUUAAGCCAUUACAGAGCUUAAUAACGAGCUGAUCAUUUGAAUCAGGUGUGUUGGAGCAGGGAAACAUCCAAAACAUGCCGGACAGUGGGCCUUGAGGACUGGACUUGAGAACCACUGCAUUAGAGGUACAUGACCGCUGCAUAUUAGACUAUGAGCCAGAGCUCAUUUAAGUCUGAGACAGCCAAGGUGAACAGAAUCCAACAAGAUAAGACUGGAAAGUUGUCUGUCUGUCUUGUACAAAGACAUUCUGAGCGGAGCCUGCAGUGAGUGAACUUAGAGGAGACUUUUUCAUUACAGGCAGUGGAAAUGGUUUCACAGGGAAUAACAGGGGACUUUUUGUGUAGCUGUGUAGUUCACAAAUCAGAGACAUGUCACUAAAUUAACAAUGAAGAACAGGCAAAAUAAGAUUAGGACAUCUAGGAUACUUUCAUUGGAUCCAAUCAUUUGUACUCCAUCUGUCUUAAAACAUGAGUUCAUGGUACGUGUUCUUUUACCGUGUCUAUUAAAAUUGUUGUGGUAUGGUGAUGUUUCAGGGCAGGAAGGAGGGUGUCAACAUUGACUCCUGUGAAGAUGCUGAUUUCUCCAUCUUUAAGUUCACUGACCGUUUUGGCUUUAUGCAGUAAGUUACUGACCUCAAGGUCUAACCUCUGUAUUUUAAGAAUUUUAUCUUACCCCUGUAACCAAGCACGGUUAAUUCCAUCACUGUUCUCACUUCUAAUUCUGUUUUGCUUCUUUUUUUUUUCUGCUACAGUGAGAAAGAGCUUCCGGCACGGACUGCACUCGAAGAGAAGGUAUCAAGUACUAACCUGCACAGCGUCUGGAUGCGUAUUGAUGCAAUAAUCAUGUACUUUUAUGUAAUUUUGUUGGGGUUUUGUUUGUUCUCAGCAAAAACUGCAGGAGAUUGAACGAGUGGACAAAUGGCUAAAGAUGGUCAAGAAUUGGGACAAGUACAAGAACAGUGAAAAGGUGUGUACAACUGUCCCGAGAGCGUGUAAAAAUACCAAAGCUGGGUUUGCCUUUACCCUUUUUUGUACUGAACCAUAUUAUGUAUUACUUCUAUUCUUGUUUAAGUUUUCCAUUCCUCUUUUGACUACAACUUGCUCCCUAAAUAUCUUUCCACUCAGAUGUAGACAUUUGAAGCAAGCACUAAUGGAUAUAUAUAUAUGUCCUUGUCACUCAAUUUUAUACCAUAGAGAGGCAUUUCUGUACGACCCUCUGUCUUUUUCUUCUGAUUGAUGUCGGGAAGGUUGUCUCUUUAUGUUUAGAGAGUCUCUAUUCAUGUUUGAUCACAUUUGUUUCAGUUGGUCAAGCGUGUGUAUAAAGGCAUCCCCCUGCAGCUGAGAGGCCAGGCCUGGGCGUUGCUUCUGGAUGUAGAGAAGGUCAAAAAAGAAAACGGAGGAAAAUAUGAGGUAUGAAUCGAGAAGAAAAGAUGCGUCUGCUAUAAUUUUGGUUCAUUUCGGACAGAUUAAUCUUUAUCUGGCACGUCCUCCCCUCUUUGCUCCUCCAGAAAAUGAAGCAGCAGGCUCGAAGCUACUCGACAGAGAUCAAACAGAUUGACCUAGAUGUGAACAGGACCUUCAGGAACCACAUCAUGUUUAUGGAUCGCUUCGGAGUCAAGUGAGUUCAAUUUAUAUUUCAGUACAAACACAAACAAUGAUGUGUGAAUAUUUCUUUUACCCCUUUCUUGACAUCAAAUUAGCAUUUCUGGCUAGUGGAGUCACAGUAAAAACUCUCAGCUGUCCAGAUCUACCUUAUAGUCUUGAUCCAAACUCGUUUCUUUUCCAGUGACUCUUCUGACAUUAGACCUGAAAAAUAAAGAGCAUAUUUUUGAAACAACAUUUUUUAUAGCAUUGAGGCCCUGUGGUGUCUCCAAGGUACUUGCUCUUGUUUUUCUUUGUCACCUUUCAGCUUUGCCCUGACUAAGACCUACAGAGUGUGACUCCUAGCUCAAACAUUGAGGCUCUCACACACACACACACACACACACACACACACACACACACACACACACUGACUGAAACAGUGGUUUCCUCUCCUCUCUGUGUUUUAUUAGCCUUCCUGUCAGUGCAGAAAGCCCCACAGGAAAUGGCAUUCAUACAGAACUGUGCACUGACAUCAGUGUGCAUGUACAAAAUAACGCUGUCCACAGUGUGAGCCACUUCCAUUAUGAUGACACUCAUAUUUCAAAGAGAUUAACCAAACGUACAAAAAAAAUUCAGAACAACUGUGAGUUUCUGAGCCACGGGUUUGAUCUUGUCAGUUUCACUCUGAAGGCUCUUCUCUCUUCUCACUCUUUGUACGGCACUUCCUCUUCGAUUCAAAGCCGCAGAGUCCAAACGCACCACAACACUGCUCCAUCCUGCUCGGCUGCCCACUCUUUCCCUGCAAGUCAGCAGCUGUCUCUCUCACACCAACACACUGACAGCUAUUAAAAGCUCCUUUCCUGCCUCUGUCACCGUCCGUAAGAUACGUAUUUACUAUAGAGGGCCUGGAGGGGGGACAUCCUCUCUCGUGAACAUAAUGUUUGUAAAUGCCCCUGCUCUUUUCACACAGACACAUUUAUACACACACAAUAGCUGCCUUGUGUUCACUGGCGGAAACUGCAGAGACUCCAGAUGUAGUCAGCCAUGCAGCACACAACCCCUGUGGUCAUGGAAGCUGGAUUUAAGCUGCGCGCUCAGUGUCAUUCAAGUACUAAUAGAUCGCAGCAGUCCUCUCACACUCUUUCUUUGUUUGUCCUUACAAGCUAACGGCGAGUACUGCUGGCAAGAGUAAAAGAGUAUCCACAAUAAACACACACUUUUCAAGGUUUAUACAAACACAACCAGGCUGACAGAGAGCAGCACAAGUUCAGCCGUAUUGAGUCUGUUUGUGAAGAUUGAUGAACGUGAUUAAACUAUGAGAUCAUUGCGGAAUCAUUACUCAUAGCCUACCACACUGUCCUAGCUUGCAUGAUUGUUGCUAAGGAACCGCAUUUUUGUUUUAACCAGUGGUUUUCUUUGUUCCUUCUCCAGGCAGCAAGCACUGUUUCACGUCCUAGCAGCCUACUCUGUGUACAACACGGUGAGUUUGUUGUGUGUUACGUAACACGGGGGUGUCUCUAGAGAAACAGUGCUGUGGAAGUUUAGUGGUGCAGCAGCUACGAGUCAAUCAAGUGUGUUAGCUGCUAUAUAACAAAAAAGGCUCCAUGCUCCUCAAACUCAUCUGUUUUUGUUCUUGUUUGGAGCUCCGUGUAACUUUUUAUGAGUUAGUGUGGGUCUGUCUGAGUGUACAAUGACAAAGUAACAGUCUUUAGUUAGAUCAGUUCCCUCUUGAUGCCACAUGAAUACAGGUGCAGAUUUUUUUAAGUGUGUUUCAAAAGCAUUUUUUCACACUCUUGUUGAACGAAGAUUUUCUGUGAUGGCAAAAGUGUAUUUUUAGUUCCUCACUACCUUCUGCAGCAGGAGCUAGAGUUUGUAAUCCUGCUUUUACAACAAAGAUGAACUUCGACACAGAGGCGGCAUGUGUAUGUAGUCUGUAUCUCAACAUGCACAUGUAUAUUAAUCCAUACUUAUCAGUUCUCAGGCACAGUUUCUGUCUGGCAGGGAUGAAAAGGUUUUUUGGAUCCAAAGAUAGUCGUGUGUACAGCACAUGACAUCUCCCCAGACGCAAACUCAAGCCAAGUCUUUUUUUCUGAUUAAGCUCUGUAGUCAGUUCCUGCGUGUUCGAGGUGUUAGAGCCAGAGGAAAUGGGCAUGUGCUGUUCCCUUUUCCCUUUUCCCCUCUCCUCCUCACACAUGGCUCAGAAGAAACUGGGUCAGUAGGAGAGACUGAGAGAGACAAGGGUGGGAGGGUGAGGGGGGGACAUAGUGUUUGUCCUUUUGCCUAUGUGAUGGCAGAGAAGAAUGUUGGGAAUGUGUAGUUUCACCUCAGUGUUGCCCUUAUAAUGUUUACUGUAUUUCCUUUAAAGGAUAUCCAUCUCUGGCUGUGCAAUAAAUCUGCCUUAAUAUGGACAAAUACCAAGUGUGUGUCCGGUUUUGUGUAUGUGGGCUUGCCAAAAGCAAUGAGUUUGAAUCAGAGUAGAGUCAAAUUCGCAGUUCUACAAGUUAAGGACAUGACAUGACUGAGAAUAAAUGCUAAGCUGCUGUAAAUAUUUAAAGAUCUGUUGGUUACAGUGUUUAUAAUACUGUAGCUGUAUACACAGAGCUGCACAGUCUGGCUUCAGACCACAUCAGACAUUCAGGUGCACUUUACCCUUCAUUUCUCUGCCUGCGAGUGUGUCUGUGUCUAUUAAAUAAUAAAUAUUUCUUCUCAUUUGACCAUUCUGUUUAAAUGAACCUGCCUCUUCUCCUGUGCUUCCCUAGGAGGUGAGCUACUGUCAGGGGAUGAGUCAGAUUGCUGCCAUCUUGCUUAUAUAUCUGAAUGAGGAGGACGCCUUCUGGGCUCUGUCUCAGCUCCUAACCUACAGCAAGCAUGCCAUGCACGGUGAGACAUGAGAGACUGAAGGCAGACUGGCACAUUUAUUCUUCAAGUUAUGAAGUUUUUGAAAGAGGAAAUAUCCUUCACUCUAGAGCACUCUAUAUCUAGACCAGGGGUGUCAAACUCAACCACAGAAAGGGCCAUAAUCUGGAUUUAAGUCAAACCUGAGGGCCAAACAGGGUCAACAUUUAACCCAAACUGUCAGCCUCCUUUUCAAAAUAUAUAACAAAAUCUGCAAUGAUUAUAAACCACUUGGAAAUUCAAAAAGUAAAAAAGAUAAAUUUAAAGGCAAUCUGAGAUAAAAAAAAAAAAAUCCAAUAGAUAAGUUAAAAAAAAAAACUAAUAGAAAAAUAAUGCUUUCAAAGAGCAAAUACAGGAGAAAGUUGAAAUAAGUUUGAAAGGUCAAAAUAUGAGAUCAUUUUGAAAUCAAGAGUUUAAAGUCAAAAUAUGACUUGGAAUUUAAAAAUUGGAAUCGAAAGGAUUAAAAUGAAUCUAAAUACCGAGUUGAAAAAAAAUCAGCACAAACUAAAAAGUCAAAUCAAGUUUGACUUGUAAUCUUGAGAUGCAAAAUUGGAAAUAUGGAUAAAAUACAAAUUUUUCCCCUCAUUCUUGACUAUUUAUUAAAUCUUCUUACUCUUUACUUUCCCAGAUUUUCAUGGUUUAUUAAGGACAUUUUAAAUAAUGGUGCUAAAGUUUACAUUAUUUAAAUAUCAUUUAUAAUCUGCUGGUUUUAUCUUCUUUAGGUUUCUUCAUCCCUGGAUUUCCCAAGCUGCAUCGCUUCCAGGCCCACCAUGAUCGCAUCCUCUCCAAAAUGCUGCCAAAACUAAAGAAACAUCUUGUAAGUUCAAAUCCAUCUGUAUUCCUGAGCUCAUUGAUUGUGAAGAGGACCACAAGGUGCAUUUAGGUCAUCUAUUAUUGCUUUAUGCUUCUAUGUUGGGGGGGGGGGGGAUGUUUAGAAAAGCAGUGCACAUCCAAGAGUCUGAACUAUUUGAAAAAAUGAGAUUCAAAAUUCAGUCUGCAAAAUGAGGAGUUAGAUGUGAUUGGACCAUUUUCCAUGUAUUCUUGCUUCACAGGACAAGGAGCAGAUGACAACAGGGAUUUACACCACCAAAUGGUUUCUGCAGUGCUUCAUUGACAGAGUGAGUGAGCAUUUGGACUAAUGCACAAAAUGUCCCUCUGCCAGAUCUCUUUGUUUACUUCUAGUCCCAGAUGUGAAACUGAGUCAUUAAUCAGUUCGCCUCAGUGUAUUUCACGGCAUUUUACCGUUGAAUUAAGAGCUACCUCACGCAUAGUUUUAUAAUCUUUUAAUGCUUGUAUGUGUCUUACGUAACAGACCCCAUUCACCCUCACUCUACGUUUAUGGGACAUCUACAUACUGGAGGGAGAGAAGAUGCUAAAUGCCAUGGCUUACACAAUCUUCAAGUUACACAAAAGUGAGUAUGACGCUGAUGGAUGUUGUCUCCAGUGCCUCGUUGUGAUAAAAUCAGCCAAACCAGCUUCAUAUCCAGAUACAACCCUGGCUGCUGGUGCCUUCCCAGUUAGUGUUACCAUCACGAUUACAUCGCAUACUGCCUUCCGCUUGGCUGCCUCCUAACUGGAUGGCUUACAUAAUGCAAGUGGCCGGUUGCUGUGGAGAAAAUUCAAAAGCGGGAGUUUCAUUGGAUGUUUCCUCCUGUGUUUCUAAAACAUAGUGGAAGUCCUGCAAAGCUACUUUUCCAUGAGCUGCUUCUUUAUUGGUAUCCUAAAGUUAGACCUGAGCUGCAGUACUCUCUCCAAAGAUGUCAUUUUCCAGGCAUGCAUCAUCACAGAGGUUUCAUGACAUCGAGAGUUUAUGAGGUUUAUGUCAUCCUGUUAUAAACUAAACUGCCUCUGCUUGGUGUCUGGGCUGUCAUCCAAUCAGAGCGCUUGCAGAGGCUCCAGUUAGAGGACCUGAGGGAGUUCCUCCAGGAGCAGCUGGCUGUUUCUUUCUUCCUGCCCGAUGAUGUGGUUGUUGAACAGUUACAGGCUUCUAUGUCGGAGCUGCGCAGUAAAAAGCUGGACCAGCCCCCUCCAGGUGCACCUCUCCCCUUUGGUUCUUUCACUUUCUUAUAAUUCAGCACAAAACUUCUUCUACUUUGUCUUACAAUCCAUUCAAAGUGCACAACUUCACAGAAGACACCAAGAGGUUUUGUUUUUUAUUCUCAAUCGAUGUAUUUCCUUUCUUCUAAUCCCUUUCAGCCAAGUCGGAGGAACUACCAAAGAUACCUCUCGGCCAAGAGAGACCAGUUCUCCUUCGACCUGUACAGCCUGACUCUCCUCUGGAGGUUAAAAUUAAUCUGCAGCCCCCCAGCCAACUCAAUACAGAGACCCAGCAAACAGAGAGCAUCACCCCACAACAGACCUCGUCUCCUGCCGAGCCCCAGGCCUCUUCGAUACCUACUUCGCCUUCUCCUGAACCAGUUUUAGACCACACAAAAGAAAGUCCGUCUCCUCUGAAGCCUGUUAGGGCGCCUCCAUUACCUCCAAAGGUGGAAAAACCCUGUGUUGACAUCGGGCUGGACAGAGAUGUGAAAGAGUCACCUUCAGAUGUUAGCCAGGUUCAAGAUGGGGGAGCGCUGGAAAGUCAGCCUGAAGAACCAGACUCCCAGGAGAACUCCAUGGAUUGGCCUCCUCCUUAUGUGCCUCCUCCUAUGGAUGCUCUUGCACUGCAGGCUGAAGAGGAGAUCAUGGACCUCCCAGAUCUGCCACCACCUCCUUUCUUCGACUCUGAGCCGAACGACCAAAGUGCCCAAGAGACCAAGCACAGCUCCCCAUCUACCCGCUCAGCUUCACCACAGAUCCUCCCAAUGAAGCCAAGACCUUCACCCAAACCCCUCACAGCUCUGGACCUGACACAGAGAAAACCUCAUUCCUCUAAGCCUUUGCCUUCCCGUACCUUCACCACAUCCCCCGCCUCCUCCUCUCCCAGACUUCCUCCCCCAAAGCCAACUAAGUUCCCAGUCUCCCUUUAUGUCCCGGCGUCUGCAGGAGAUCGGCGGCCAUCAAACACCUCCCAGUAUGAUAACCUCUCUGAGGCUGAUGAAGAUGACCGCUACCUGGAGAGGCUACUGGUCUCCACACCUGAGGAAAUUCCCAGCAUGCACAGUGAGCCUCCACACGGCGUCAAUAGAGACUACGACCCCUCUCUCUACCCUCUGCCACCGCCUCCUAUGUUUAUUCCUCCUUCACCCUCUCCUCUUCCUCCCUCUCUGUGCGCUCUCCCCAGUUUGCCUCAGGAGCCAGAGUAUGAAGGAGACGACAGCUGGGUGGAGGACUCCAUCAUCCCCCCUCCUCCACCCAGUUUUGCUGACAGACUCAGUCCCUUGCAGUGUAACGCUGUCAGCUGUUCAGACACACACAGAGCCACCUCGCCUGGUUACUCUAAGCCUUUCUCCAGGGGCCCCAGGGACCGUUCUGCUUUCCCAGCACCACUGUUGUACACAGGGUCUCCCCCUGGCCUUUCCAGGCCCUCAGGACAGUCAGCAGUGGGGGUACCCAUGGUGCGAUCCAGCCCAGACUUUUGCAGGAUGCCCCCAGGUGGACAGCAGCUGCCCAAAUCAGUGACCUUUUGA